AGCAGGCAGGGCUGGGCAGCAGCAGCGGACCGCAGCGGAGAGGCAGAGGAACAUCCAGCAGGGAGGGGACACAGCCAUACAAGGAGGAGGGACAGACAGGCGAGACAACACUACUGACAAUACCGAGCGGUACUCGUCGUGACAGCGUCUGUCAACAGCGCGGAAACAACCGGGGCGCAGUCUUUUUCAUCCCAUGCAUUUUUAGAAACAGCCCGUCGUCACCAUGACAGCGGAGGAAACCAUAAAUGUAAAGGAGGUGGAGAUCAUCAAGGUGGUCCUGGACUUUCUCAACUCCAGGAAGUUGCACAUCAGCAUGCUGGCUCUGGAGAAGGAGAGCGGCGUCAUCAACGGGCUCUACUCAGACGACAUGCUCUUCCUCAGACAACUGGUGCUCGAUGGCCAGUGGGAUGAGGUCUUGCAGUUCAUCCAGCCUUUGGAGUGCAUGGAUAAGUUUGACAGAACAAGGUUUCGUUACAUCAUCCUCAAGCAGAAGUUUCUGGAGGCUUUGUGUGUGAAUAACGCCAUGUCUGCAGAAGAUGAGCCACAGCAUUUGGAGUUCACCAUGCAGGAAGCAGUGAAGUGCCUCCAUGCCCUGGAAGAGUUCUGUCCAUCUAAAGAUGACUACAGCAAACUGUGUCUGCUCCUCACACUGCCUCGCCUCACAAACCAUGCAGAGUUCAAGGAUUGGAACCCGAGCACGGCCAGGGUGCAGUGUUUUGAGGACGCCUGCACCAUGGUGGCAGAGUUCAUCCCUGCAGACAGGAAACUGAGUGAGGCUGGAUUCAAGGCCAGUGGGGAUCGACUAUUCCAGCUGCUCCUCAAGGGAGUCCUCUAUGAGUGCUGUGUGGAGUUCUGCCAGAGCAGGGCGACGGGCGAGGCGAUCACGGAGAGCGAGGUCCUGCUGGGUGUGGACAUGCUGUGCGGUAACGGCUGCGAUGACCUGGACCUGUCUCUGCUCUCCUGGAUGCAGAACCUGUCUCACACCGUCUUCUCCUGCGCCUUCGAACAGAAGCAACUCAACAUCCACGUGGACCGCUUGGUCAAGCCCACAAAGGCGGGCUACGACCUCCUCACCCCGCUCAUCAGCAAACUGUCUCCGUACCCCUCGUCCCCGCUGCGCCGCCCCCAGUCCGCCGAUACCUACAUGUCACGCUCCUUGAACCCGGCGCUGGACGGCUUGUCUUACGGGCUGUCUGGCCAGGAUAAGAGAGCGAGUGGCGGGGAGAUAGCGCCGGGCAAAGGGGUCUCUCCCAUGUCCCACUCGUUUGCCAACUUCCACUACCCUGGAGCGGGAGGCCAGAGCCUGACCAGGAGUCUCAUGAUGGAGAGCUCGGACUGCCACAGCAUCUUUGAGGAAUCCCCUGAAACAUCUAGGACAGACACACCCGUGGAUAAGAUGAUGAGUUCAGGCGGAGCUCAGAGUCUUCGUCCUGCCUCCGCUCCGGGCGAGGACGCGCCAUCAGCUGGCACCGACGACAGGAACGAGCUUCGCGACUCCACAGAGAAGUAUGAGGAGUACUAUCGGCAACGUCUUCGCGUGCAGCAGCACCUGGAGCAGAAGCAGCAGCAGAGGCAGCUGUACCAGCAGAUGCUGCUGGAGGGAGGGGUGCAGCAGGAACCCCCGCCUAGUGACAUGCAGCACAGCCUCACAGAGAAGUUCCUCAACAGGUCCAUCCAGAAGCUGGAGGAGCUUAAUGUGGGGAUGGAGGAUAUAGGGGAGGAAGUGAAGUCUCUGACCCAGCAGUGUAAUGGCAACGGGAACACCCCCGCCUCUGAGGACAAUAACAACACUCCAUCUGUGACCCCGGGGAAGACCCGAGAGGGAGGGGUGCUCAGCAGCACCCCACAACGCAGCGUUGGGGGCCGCCCGGUCCCACCUCCCGAUGAGUCCCCUGUCAACUCCCAGAGUGAGCAGAAACAGAAAGGAAGUCCACAAGGUGACACUCCAGGCUCCUUAUCCCGAAGUAAAGAGGGCGACAAGCCUAAAAGCCUGUUCGUGCCAGUUCAUUCUCUGGAAGAUACUCAGGCCAUUCGAGCUGUCGCCUUUCACCCGUCUGGAUCGCUGUACGCUGUGGGAUCCAACUCUAAAACUCUACGUGUCUGUGCUUAUCCAGAAACAUUAGACCCAAGUGGUUCAAGUCCAACAAAGCAGCCGGUCGUCCGCUUCAAGAGGAACAAACACCACAAAGGGUCCAUCUACUGUGUGGCCUGGAGCCACUGUGGGCAGCUGCUGGCUACAGGCUCCAAUGACAAAUAUGUCAAAGUCCUACCUUUCAGUGCAGAGACAUGCAACGCCACAGGCCCAGACCUGGAGUUCAGCAUGCACGACGGCACCAUCAGAGACCUGGCCUUCAUGGAGGGUCCAGAAAGUGGAGGAGCCAUUUUGAUCAGCGCCGGAGCUGGAGACUGUAACAUCUACACCACGGACUGUCAGCGAGGACAGGGCCUGCACGCCCUUAGUGGGCACACAGGUCACAUUCUGUCUCUGUAUACGUGGGGAGGCUGGAUGAUUGCCUCUGGCUCUCAAGACAAGACGGUGCGUUUCUGGGACCUCAGGGUGCCCAGCUGUGUCCGAGUAGUGGGAACUGCCUUCCACGGCUCAGGCAGUCCUGUUGCCUCAGUAGCAGUCGAUCCUAGUGGCCGUCUCCUAGCAACAGGACAGGAAGACAGCGCAUGCAUGCUGUAUGACAUCAGAGGAGGACGAAUCGUCCAGGUGUACCGGCCGCACUCCAGUGAUGUGCGAUCGGUCCGGUUCUCCCCCGGAGCACACUACCUGCUCACUGGUUCCUACGACACAAAAGUCAUAGUCUCCAACCUCCAAGGUGACCUGACCAAACCGCUGCCUCAGACCGUGGUGGGAGAGCACGGCGACAAGGUGAUUCAGUGUCGAUGGCACACACAAGACCUGUCCUUCCUCUCAUCCUCUGCUGACCGCACUGUCACACUCUGGACACACAACCCAUAACACACACACACACACACACACACACCACACCCACACACACCCACAACCAGUUAUAAUCUAAAAGACACACAUUCCCUCUAACACUCCUUCUGACUAACAACACUGUCAUGCUCCCUUUCAACACACUUAACACACAUUACCACAUGGACUGUUGAAUGAGCCUUUCACUCAUCUGUAGGAAACCAAAAUGGAUACAACCCGGUGACACAUCAAAAGCACACGUUGCAUGUUCUCCUUUUUUCUUUACAUUGCUCACAUUGCAUCCGUCACACCGACUGUCGUCAUCUUGAAAAGGUUCAACAGCAGGAUCAUUCAUUAUUCUCCCCAUCACUCUAUCUUCACUCCUUACACACCGGUCAGUUGCUGCAUGUCCUUUUCCCUGAGGAGCUGUUGAGGUUAGACAGGACAGAGUGCUUUGUUCAUGAUGGUGCCUUCCUUGAGUUCUCAGUUUCCAUAGCAAAAAUGUAAAACAGAUAAUAUGGUCAUUUUUUUUUUCCAAGAUCAAAUUUUGUUACGUCGUCUUGAGAGAAGUCCUACAUUCCUUCUUCAUUUUGCACAUCAUUUUUCUUACAGCUGGUGUUAUGCUGCUAUUGUUUGGUGACACAAGAGUUGAAUUGAUGGUGUGAAAUGUAAUUUGAUCAGUGUGUCAGUAGUGAGCUUUUCCUAUCAAGAGGCUGAAUCUGUGGAGGUCAUACUAUCCUGUUGAUCAGUCAGCUGUUGCUUCCCUGUGGGAUGUGCCGAUGUCUAAUGUUACUGUAUCCAUUGCAUUUGCUACAACUCCAAAUGUGUAAAUUAGCGUGUGUGCGUUUGUUUUAAAUUUGAAACCAGUGUUUCUUUGCGCUGAAAAUGUUAACAGUGUCUUGCGAUGGCUUGUUUGCAAUGAAAGAUUGUUAUUUCAAAGGGAAAUACAAAGUGUAAUUUGUGGUUGAGCGCCCUAGCAUUCAAAAGCUUUGGUUUGUCUACUGUAACAAUACACCAACAGUAGGUGGCAGUCUUUGGCCAUAGCAAGGGUCGAACCAUAUGCACAAUGAAAUCUGAGUGGAUGCACGGGUGUUUUGAUAUUUAUUUAGAACCAGUAUUUGGGGCAUAUGUAUUGUAUUUUUUUCAUGUAUUUUACAUGCGCACUUUUUUUCUUUUAACAUUGUCUCCUAAAAUUGAUUUACUUACAAAGAUGCAUAUUUUAUGUUAAUUUAUAGUACACAGUAUAUUGUUUUAACAAAUAAGGCCAAACUAAUACGUACAUAGAUGUAUUUAUUUCAGUUGUGUUUAUGUAUGUACAGUUAUGUUUUUGAAAUGCUAGUGGCUCUUGUAUUAAGCCUUUUUAAUUCUUGUUUUUAAAAGUGACUUAAAUUAAUUCAAGCUAACUCAAGUCUGACUGCUGGUACGUUCAAUAAAGUGUCUUUUACACAA